AUGCCAUAUAACCUUCGUGGUCGGAAUGUUCUCAUUGUCGGUGGGGCAAGGGGGCUUGGGGCAGUUGUGGCAGAGAAAUUCGCCGUCGAAGGCUGCAAUUUAGCAAUCAAUUAUCUCUUCAGUCAGGAGCAGGCUGAUAACCUUGCCUCGGAGUUAGCGACGAAGUACAGCAUCAAAGCAGUCACUAUCCAGGGAGAUGCCGGUCUUCCGCAAGAUUGUGUGCGACUGGUUCAGAGCACGAUCGAGAAGUUGAACGGGCUGGACAUUAUCGUUUCGAAUGCAGGCUGGACGAAAUUCACCAAAUUUGGAGAUCUCGAUGCAUUGACUGAUGAAGAAUGGGAUAAAUGCUGGGCAACCAAUGUCAAAUGCAACCUCGUCUUGUUCAAGGAAGCCGCCCCGACUUUUAACGCGAAUCCUGAAGGUGGCGUCUUCAUUGCCACUUCAUCAAUUGCUGGUAUAACCGCUGGUGGGAGCAGCAUGGCUUACUCUGUGACUAAAUCCGCCGGUUUACAUCUCUUGCAAUGCUUAAAAGCAUCCCAGGGACCAAAGGUCCGCAUAAAUUCCGUCCUUCCCGGCUUGCUAUUGACCGAAUGGGGAGUGAGAUACUCUUCAGAGCAAAUUGCUGCUUGGAAGGAUAAGUCCACAUUGAAGCACGAAGUCUUCCUCGAUGAUUGUGCUGACAUGUAUAUAUCGCUUUCCAAAAAUACUUCGAUGACGGGUCAGCAAAUUGUGAUCGACUGCGGAUAUGUGUCUUGA